AUAUCACCUAAUAAUCCCACCCCCAACUUAUUCCAGACUAGGAAUCAGCCAGCACUCGUACGACAGCAAAAGGUUCAAAUAAAAAGUAAAGUGGUCGGCCUCCGUACUCGCUGCUCUUACACAAUUGAAUCCUCAUUCAGCUUGCCCUUUUUCCCCCUCAUCUCAUAGAAUUAAUUUCUGUUUCCCUUCUCAAAAACAUUAGAAAGGCCGAUUCCUUUUCCAUAUUCCUGACCCCCGCGAAAAAGAGAAGAGAAGAAUAGAGAGAUAGAACAUAGAUUCCAUCUUUCGAUAUUAUUUUCAUUCCUUUUCACAAGAAUCGAAAUCUUUUUGAUCUACUCAUUUGGCCAUUUUUUGCGUUCCCUUAAAAGAAUACCCUUUGGUACGUUUAUUCUCUCUUAUCGCAACCGGUCCAGCAAGUUCUGUUUUGUUGUUUGUAUCGAGGGACAGAGCUGUUAAAAUAACCCCCUCACCAACUUCAUUCAUUGAAAGCUGGGAAAUCUAUACCGUUGCUGAAGUGUUGUGAGUUGGCAUAAUCUGCCGGGAGUUGAGAGUUUUGAUUGUCCUUUCCAUUGCGGUGGGGUAUUCUGGAUUCCUUGGGAAAUUCGGAGCCUACAUUCGGCGGGGGCUGUUGAACAUCAUUAAGCAGCUCGUGGAAACUUUGAAACUUUCUACCAAAUUCAGCCAUUAGAAUUUCUCAGACGUUUUGUGCUAAUUCGGAAUUUCAACAGUAAACCUACCAAUUUUCAUACUUCAAAAUGUCCGCCAAAGCAAUCACCGAGGCCGAUGGAAAGGCAAUCCUCAACUACCACCUCACAAGAGCUCCCGUCAUCAAGCCAUCUCCUCUCCCAAAAUCUGCCACUCACAACCCACCUUCGAAGCUCGCUUCCUUAUAUUUCCCAGCGGAUGCUGAGGUCUCAACAGUUCUCGAUCAGGCAGAAAUCUUAUACCCAUGGCUCCUUGUUCCAGGGUCCAAGUUCGUCGCAAAGCCUGAUCAAUUGAUCAAGAGACGAGGCAAGAGUGGUCUUCUUGCUUUGAACAAGACCUGGCCGGAAGCAAAGGCAUGGAUUGCUGAGAGAGCAGCAAAGCCAGUCACAGUUGAGACUACCGUUGGAACUCUCCGCCAAUUUUUGGUAGAACCAUUUGUGCCACAUCCAGACGGAACCGAAUAUUAUAUCAACAUCAACUCCCAAAGAGAGGUAUGUACUAAGUUCACAUUUCAAAAAUUCAUUUUCAGAAGGGGUUAUUUCCUGGGAAUGAAUUCCGAGGCUACCUCGAAUGUUUUAGCAACCUGAAAAAAAAAGGAUGACAUUAAAGUGAAUGUCGAAAAGUAAAGAAGUUGAGUUUGUGAAAAGUUUCAACAUUUGCAGUGGGAUGCAUGGGUUUUUGUUGCUUCUUACUGCCCAGGCUCGGAAGCACAAACGGACGAAAGGAAGCUAAGGAACCGAUUCCAACCUCCCCCUGUCCACAGCUCUCCUUAUCAAAUCUUAAAGCAAGCGAGCUUAAGUCCGGCAGAUGUACUGGGAAAAGAUACUAGACACGCUGUCUAUGCCAUUUAUGCUCUUUACGAUCAGCACAAUUUUCAUAGCAUUAUACAUAGUCAUACACUACAUGUCCACGUGCUAACAAUAUUUUCCUUCAGGGUGAUUGGAUUCUUUUCACACACGAGGGAGGUGUCGAUGUUGGUGAUGUCGAUGCGAAGGCCGAAAAAUUGUUGAUCCCAGUCGAUCUCGCUGAAUACCCUUCAAACGAAGAAAUCGCUGCAGGUCUUCUCAAAAAGGUUCCACAAGGUGUACACAACGUUCUCGUCGACUUCAUCACCAGGUUAUAUGCUGUCUACGUUGACUGCCAAUUCACAUACCUUGAGAUCAACCCAUUGGUUGUCAUUCCUAAUGCUGAAGGUACCUCUGCUGAGGUUCACUUCUUGGAUUUGGCCGCUAAGCUCGAUCAAACUGCCGAGUUCGAGUGUGGUGUAAAAUGGGCUGUCGCACGCUCACCUGCCGCUCUUGGUAUGACUCCAGCUAAAGCAGUUGAUGGAAAGGUUAACAUUGAUGCUGGUCCACCAAUGGAAUUCCCAGCCCCAUUCGGUCGUGAGUUGAGCAAGGAAGAAGCAUACAUUGCUGAACUUGACGCAAAGACUGGUGCAUCUCUCAAGCUUACAGUUUUGAACGCCAACGGCAGAGUCUGGACCUUGGUUGCUGGCGGCGGUGCUUCUGUCGUUUAUGCCGAUGCUAUUGCCAGUUCUGGAUUUGCUGAUGAGCUUGCCAACUAUGGUGAAUACUCUGGUGCACCAACAGAAACCCAAACCUACCACUACGCUCGUACUGUCCUUGACCUUAUGCUUCGUGCACCAAUUACCUCGGAAGGCAAGGUUCUUUUCAUCGGUGGUGGUAUUGCCAACUUUACCAAUGUCGCUUCCACAUUCAAGGGUGUCAUUCGUGCUUUGAGAGAAUUUAGCAGCUUAUUGAUUGAGCACAAGGUUCAAAUCUGGGUUAGACGUGCUGGACCUAACUACCAAGAAGGAUUGAAGAACAUCAAGGCAGUUGGUCAAGAGUUGAAACUCGAUAUGCAUGUGUACGGACCAGAUAUGCAUGUCAGUGGUAUUGUUCCUUUGGCUCUUAUUCCAGGACGUCUUGCAGACAGUAAGGUUAAGGAGUUCAAUGGUUAAAUGAGAAGAGAUGAGUUAUGAACAUUUUUGACAUUUUUCUUCGAGGGCAUUUUUGUUUGGCUAUUCCAGACCAAGGUUGCACAAUGGCGUACAAAGCUUGCUUAAGAAAUUAACAAAUAGAAACUCGUAAUUGUGACCAUUAUUUUGAAGAUGUUCUAUU